AUGCGUUGUCAUAUUUUAUUUUUAAAAUUCUUCUUUUGUUUUAAACAAUUUCCCUCUUCUCUUCACCCUGUCACCUUUUCAUUCAUUCAUUCCCUCUCCGCUUGCAAAAUCUCUCUCUCUCUCUCUCUUUCUCUUCCAUACAUACCAUCUCUCUUUCUUGUUUUGGCUUCCUUUUUUUGUACCCUCACCAAUCACUUUUCAGUGCUUUACUUUCUUUCCUUCGGUGAGCUCAGGCUUCCCUCAUUCUUCGUCUCUGCUGCACGCCCUUCGGGGCGAAAAAGGUUAAACGAUGACUUACAGCCAUUCAGCUUUAUGCCUAGAACAGGAAAAUGCGGUCCAAGUUUCUCACAAAUCUGCCUACCACUGUUAUUCCUUUGUAAAAUGAGUGGGAAUCUAUACCGAAAGACAACCAACCAAAAUGUCUUCCUUGUUCUCCUUGACCAUGGGUCAAGAUUUGGAAAAUUUCGAUCAACCUAUUUGGGAAAGUUGGAAGAGAGAUUACCAUUCAUGUUUCUUCUGUUUCCAAAAUGGUUUAUCCAACGCUAUCCGGAAAUUGACAAAGUUUUGAAAAUCAACUCUUAUCGAUUGACUACUCCUUUUGAUAUCUAUGAAACACUUGUUGAUAUCUUAUAUUUUGAUGGAAAAGUACAGAAAGCAACCAUCAAAGAUCGAGGCAUCAGCCUGUUCCAUGAGAUUCCAGAAGAGCGCUCCUGUAACGAUGCUAGUAUUUUGCCGCACUGGUGCACCUGUUUGCAGCGCAUACCUGUAAACACAACUGAUGUCAUUGUGGAGAAGAUUGCCCUGAGUUUUGUCAACCGAAUCAACAAGAUGACACACCAUGUGCAGAAGAAAUGUGCCUUCUUGCAACUGAAAACUGUGAAAGAAGCUGCUAAAAUGAUUGCAACCGACAAAAUUCUACGUUUCCAGAAAAGUCUCAAUGAUGUCCUUAAUCAACAGGUUUUUUAUGGCAACCGUGUAGAUGCCAUUGUGGAUUACCAGCUGACAAUUGAAACAACACCAGGAGGUGCACAAUUUGAAACAACAGCUCGAUAUGAUGAACAAGAAGGGACGUUUACACUUAUGGAAGAAGUUAGCCGGGUGAAUAGUUAUGGCAGCCAAUCGAGUUGCAUUGAUAUUUUGGCCCUCAAAAUGUACUGCUUCUGUGGCGGCUGA